CGGCAAACGAAUCGCGACGAAAUCGCACAAAAAAAUUUCGAGUUCAAGUAGCAAGAUGGGCUGCGAUAUCGCGGCGAGUGUCCUCGAAUUAUCCGCGUUGGCGCUGGCGGUUAAUUUGGUGGCGAGCGCUAGCGCUUCGGUGCCCAAACCGAGGAAUCCCGACGCCCAGAACAAAUCCAAGAGUCUCAUACCCGAAAAUUACAUCAAAGAAAUAAGACCGCCGACGAUCGAAGGGAAACCGAUCGAAGUGGAUUUCUCCAUAAGGGUCAUGGACAUCAACUCGAUUAACGUGGAAGAUAUGGAUUUUCGUAUGGAUAUGUUCCUGAAGCAGGAAUGGCAGGACGCGAGGAUCAAAAUACCGGAGGAAAUGUUCGAAUACGGCGACGAUUCGGUCACGUUGCCCUCCUCGUUUUUCGACAACAUGUGGCAGCCUGAUUUGUAUUUUCUAAACUCCAAAGUAGUCGAAAUCGCGACUCUGACCCACAAAUUCUCAUCGGUAACCCUGUUCAAAAACAAGACGAUUCGAUACGCGGCCCGGAUGCACGCGAUAGUCGCCUGCCAAAUGGAAUUCUACCAUUAUCCGAUGGACACCCAAGUGUGUCCCAUAGCAGUGGAAAGUUUUUCGUACAACAGCAACAAAAUGCUGCUGAGAUGGCACGGACCCGGCGUGACGAUCAUACCGGAACUGAAGCUGCUCCAGUACAACAUCCUGCCGUUGAUUUUGGAAGAGAGUUUCGCCUACACCGUGGAGAAGAACGGUAACUUUUCCAGAUUGCUGGUGUACUUUCGGUUCGAACGGCAAAUCGGCCACCACUUGAUCCAGACCUUCGCCCCGUCGACUUUGGUGGUGGUGCUGUCUUGGUUCAGUUUCUACUUGCAACUCGACGCCAUACCGGCCAGAGUGACCCUGCUGGUCACGUGUCUGCUCACACUGGUCACCAUGUUCACCGGACUUAGGACCGAUAUACCGGCGGUGGCCUACAUCAAGGCUUUGGAUCUCUGGAUGGCUGGGUGUAUGAUAUCGGUUUUCGCGGCUUUGGGUGAAUUCGUUAUCGUGAAGGUUCUGUACGGGAAGUACAACGAAAUGAAAGCUAAAGAAAAGCUGUUGAAUAAAGCUGUAGAAGAGGAAAAGGAAACUGGAUUAGUGCAAUGGCGGGAACCAUUUCCGAAAUCGAUUCGGAAUUUCCGGUACAAUCACAUCAACAAAGAGAAAUUCAUCAGUCUCAGUUGGAAAACGAAGGAAGGUAAAGAGAAGAUAAUGUGGAAGGAAAUCGACCGAGUGGCCAGGAUGGUUUUCCCUUCGUUUUUCUUCUGCUUUUCAUUGAUGUAUUGGAUUAUAUUAAUUUUCGGUAGCGGAUGAAUUGUAUCAAAUAAAUUGUUUUCUAAUUUUA